UGUACACCGGGCCCACCUAAACAAAACAUGUGCCGCACAAAACUCUACCGAUCGGACCAUAGGACCAUACCGACCUAUUUGUUUAUUUUUGAAUUUAUAAAGUGAUUGGCAGGCAAACCGCUUUUGUGAAUAUACGCUUGAAUAAAUUCUCUACUGAAGUAUCUAGUGUAGCAAUAAAUAACAAGAUUAUCACGAUACAUUUGUAAGUUAAUGGUUGAUAUGGUUUGAGGAUCCUAGUUCGAGUCGAGUAAAGUCCAAACACCGGCCGCGUUACGCCAAGCAUACUUUAGAAACUUGGACACACCUACUCGAUUAACUCGGAAUUAGUCAUCCCAACGCAGUUGGGCACUGAAAAUGGGAAUACGUCAUCUCCACAGCUUUAUGGAGAGGAAGGUGGACGGUGGACUAUACACCGUUAAAAUGCAGCACGAAAUUUCGAAUGCGAAGAAAAGCGUCGAAAAGCCGUUGGUCGUGAUCGACCUGAUGGCGAUGUUCGGAGUAUUUUGUUCCGACAGACGAAGCCUACUGUGUGGCAGCCAGUUCUGGGUGGUGGAGCAUACGGCGGAUUCGUUUUUCAAACGCCUCACCGAUGCCGGUGCCGAGCUGGUCUUUUUCUACGACGGUACACUGCAGCUGAAUAAGUACGACACGUGGAUCAACAGGCAGAAUGACAAGUACGACCGGAUGAUCGAUGUACUGGACGGAAUCAAUGCACGGAUGCCACUGGCAGUGGCCGCGAACAAGUUUGACCGCACGCUGCCAAACAACACCUGCAUCAAGCUGGAGAAUGUGGCGAAGCGGCACGGCGAGCUAAUCGUAUCGACCGAUUUGGAGUGCGACCAGGCGCUGGCAAUUUACGCCACCAAGCGUAAGGCGCUGGCGGUGAUAUCGCACGAUACGGAUUUCCUCAUUUUCGAGGGCGGCUGGCAGCUGUGGCACGCGAACCACAUCGAUGUGAACAAGUUGAUUACGAAGGCUUACGGCCGGCAGGCGCUACUACGCACGCUUGGCUUGCAGUGGCACCAGAUGGCCUUGUGGGCAACGUUGGCCGGGAACGAUUUCUUCAGCUACGACGAGCUGGAACCGUUUCUGAACGAUCUUGGCCCGCACACGCAAAAGUUUUACAAGCUGGCCGAGUAUGUGCGACGGUUGACGGUGCGCAACGGGAAGCUGGAUGACGAUACGGUACGCUCGAUACUGGGACGGGUGUACAAGAAGAGGCGCGUACCGACGGAGGCUUACGAAUGGUUUCGGCAAAGCUAUGCCUUCUACCAGGUGGAUGAACCAUCGGAGAAGAAACCCGACGAUCCGUUCGCCUAUCUGCUACAGGCUGGGUACAGCUUUACCCACAGCAUACUGACCGGGGUACCGUUUAACGUCACGCUCUUCUUUUUCGACUACCGGUCGUCAGAAUUUGGCAAUUAUUAUGAAAUAAUCGAACCGAUUAUUUCCCGCAUCGGUGGUAUCCUGCUGUACCACCAUCAGCACGAACGGCAGCACAUAACGGUCGUCACAAAGCGCAACCAUCACGAACCACACUCGUUCGGUACGGUUGCAGCUACCUUCCCGACUGCCGUCACACCGCCACCGGUAAUGGAUUUGAUUUCAACCGACGGGCCCGUACAGGCCUCGUUGCUCGAGCGUAAACUGCAACUCUGGCGCUGGGUUUGUUCCGACGAUUUGCUCGACGUGGAACAGUUCAAUACCGUGCCACCCGCGUUCAUGUGCACGGUGCUUACCCUGUACCGGUUGCGGCAGUGUGGUGCGAUUCGCCUGUUCGAAGCGGAUCUACUUUUGCUCAUCGCGCACCAACUUUCGAACGAUGCGUUCGAUCCACUGCAGGAACCGUACCCGCAGAAACUGAUUUCGCGCGCGUUCCGACUAGGGUUCCUGUUCCAAAAGGUGUACAGCCACAUGGACCGGGUGGCCAAAGCACUUGGCCUACCGCAGGAGUACCGGCCGACGACACCGUACGACGGGCUACGCUUCCACAACAUGUAUCGCGUGUGGACGAGCAUGAAGGUGGAACCGCAUCACAUCGAACCGAUCGAGGAGUGGCGGUUCUACCAGCAGACAAAAAGCACAUAACGUUAAAAGUGAGCAGAUUUUGAUAAGAGACGGACGAAAAGUUACUCGCGCAGAGCUAGGCUUCAAUGCUAGGGCGAAUAGUUUCUUCUAUGCAUACACAGUAUGGAUAGAAUCUUAAUUUGUUAUAAAAUGUGUUUAGUUCAUCCAUAUUUUUACUACUUCUGGUUAUCAAUGCCGGUGCUAAGGGCUUCUAAAAUCCGCGUUGAGCCAAAACGCUUUUAAAGGGGUUAUGUCCGAAUUGGGGGAGGAAAACGGGUGGAAAGAGCCAAUGGGAGAAACUACUUGCAGCCAGUUCGUAAGUUACCGAUGCCUGAUGACCUGGUCAGGGAAAACAAUAUCGCUUCUAAUUUAGUAUCGGAAGGAGUUUUACUAACGCAAAAUAUCUCUCUUAGAGAGUCCUACUAUGUGUUCCACUAAGACAGCUCUAUAAUAGAAGGCCAUAACAUCGUCAGAAUUA